GUAUGUUGUUGUUGUUGUUGUUAUACUUGCUGCUUUACUUUUUAAUUGAAACAUAAUGUUCAAUGAGCUAUUAGCUCAAAUGGUACUUCACAUCCUUUUACAAGGGAGUUGCAUUGAUCGAUACACAUUUCGAUCUCUGUACCUCGCGGUCGCACAUUACCUCACAAAUUCUCCUACUCAUUCACUCACAUAAGUCCAGUUGCUAUUUCUAUAACCAAUAAAUAUUCAUUGUUACAUAUUGAUCCCAUAUCAUAUCAUUUGGGACCUGUGGUUUGACAGAGAAUGGUCGUGGGGAAACUCUUGAAACUUAACGAUGAGUUUAAGAAUGUGGUAGAAAUGAUGAACACUGACACAUUUAAACAAUUAUUUGAAUAUAUUACUGAUGGUUAAGACCAUGCCAAUGAGUGCAUAGCACAGUUUGUCGAAAAAGUAUAAUAAUAAACGUAGUCUUUCUUGAAACGAUGCGCAGAUGCAAUUGGUAAGCUAGAAAGUGAGAUUGAUUGAAUACAUCACUGUUUUAAUCUAUGGACAUAUUUGUAGAAAAUUAGAGGAAGUAUAAAACAUAUCGCUUAUUUGCAUCGAAGCCCUGAACUAAUAUUUUACUUAAAAAAAGACUCAGUUAAUGAAGGCUAGAGAGCAGCACCACCAACAACAACAGCAACAGCCGGCACCGCCCCACAAUUCUCAACAGCACCAACAACAGCAGAUUCAGCUUCUAUUACAAAGACAAGCUCAGCAGCAACAACAACACAAUCAACAACAACAACAAAACAAUCAACAUCAACAGCAGCAACAACAACAACAACAGGGUCAUCAGCAGCAACAACAAAGGCGCGAGGGAAGUGGACACGUCAUGAAUGGAUCAGCCAAUGGAAUUGUGGGAAAUGACCCUCAAAUGAGAAGAAAUAGUGGUGGGACUGCAAAUGCUUUGGCCACAAAGAUGUAUGAAGAGAAUUUGAAGAGGGAUUCUUUGGAGGAUGCUGCUUUGAAGCAAAGGUUUGGUGAUAAUGUGGGCCAGCUUUUGGAUCCAAAUCAUGCGGCCAUCUUGAAACCAGCUUCGGCCUCUAGCCAGCCGUCUGGGCCAAUGUUGCACGGUGCUGCUGGUGGAUUGUCUUCACAAGUUCAAGCACGGAGCCAACAAUUUCCAGGGUCUACAGCAGAUAUCAAAACUGAAAUAAAUCCUAUCCUGAAUCCAAGAGCUGCGGGCCCCGAAGGAUCACUGAUUGGAAUCCCUGGUUCGAAUCAAGGAAAUAACAAUUUGACGCUGAAAGGUUGGCCUUUAACAGGCCUCGAGCAGCUUCGUUCUGGGCUCCUGCAACAGCCAAAAUCAUUCAUGCAGGGACCACAGCCCUUCAAUCAAUUACAGAUGCUGACACCUCAGCACCAGCAGCAACUCAUGCUCGCUCAGCAGAGCCUCGCUUCUCCAUCCAUCAGUGAAGUCGAGAGCCAAAGGUUGAAAAUGCUUCUUAACAACCGAAGCUUCUCUAUGGGUAAAGAUGGGCUCUCUAAUUCAGUUGGUGAUGUGGUGCCUAAUAUGGGGUCCCCCUUGCAAGCUGGCUGCCAGGUUUUGCCUCGUGCGGAUACUGAGAUGCUGAUGAAGUUGAAAUUUGCGCAAAUGCAGCAUCAGCAGAGCAGUAGCCAAUCACAACAGCAACAACUUCAGCAACAUGCUCUCUCUGGUCAGCAGUCGCAAAGUUUGAUUCACAAUCUACAGCAAGAUAAGAUUAUGGGUAGUGGCAGUGUCAUUGCUGAUGGUAGCAUGUCCAAUUCAUUCCGAGGAAAUGAUCAGGCUUCAAAAAGCCAGGCUGGCAGAAAGAGAAAGCAGCCCGUAUCUUCUUCGGGCCCUGCCAACAGCUCAGGAACAGGAAAUACGGCGGGCCCUUCUCCAAGUUCAGCCCCAUCAACGCCCUCGACUCAUACUCCGGGAGACGUGAUGUCGAUGCCCGCCUUGCCACACAGCGGCAGCUCCUCAAAGCCUCUCAUGAUGUUUGGGGCCGAUAACACGGGCACUCUCACUUCACCGUCAAAUCAGUUGUGGGAUGAUAAGGAACUCGGGCAAGCUGAUAUGGAUCGUUUUGUGGAUGAUGUAGAGGAUAAUGUGGAGUCUUUCCUGUCGCAUGAUGAUGCCGACCCCCGAGAUGCGGUUGGCCGCUGUAUGGAUGUUAGCAAAGUGGAAGUAAAGUUGCUUGCUGCCACUUCUCAUCAGAUGGAAAACUGCUUGCCAGUGGUGGACAUGACAAAAAGGCGAGUUUCAGGAUUGAGCAACAUUGUUCGCAGUCAUGCUGUUCUAUGGUACACGGAUUCUCUGAAGCCGAAAACUACGCUUGAGGAACACUCAGCACUUAUUACCGAUGUCCGUUUUAGUCCUAGCAUGGCCCGCCUUGCCACAUCAUCUUUCGAUAAAACCGUCAGGGUCUGGGAUGCAGAUACUCCUGGCUACUCACUUCGUACCUUUACCGGACAUUCUGCUGGCGUAGUGUCAUUGGAUUUUCAUCCCAAUAAAGAUGACCUCAUCUGCUCCUGUGAUGGUGACGGUGAAAUAAGAUACUGGAGUAUAAACAAAGGAAACUUCACCAGAGUUUUCAAGGGUGGCAGUGUCCAAGUUAGAUUUCAACCUCGUCUCGGAAGAUAUCUUGCAGCUGCUGCUGAGAACGUAGUUUCGAUACUUGAUGCUGAGACAAAUGCAUGUCGCCAUUCAUUGAAGGGCCACACGAAACCUAUUCAUUCGGUUUGCUGGGACCCAUCUGGAGAGCUGCUGGCAUCUGUUAGUGAGGACUCGGUUAGGGUGUGGACAAUGAGAUCUGGCAGUGAAGGAGAAUGCUUGCACGAGCUCAGUUGUAAUGGAAACAAAUUCCACUCUUGCGUUUUCCACCCGACAUAUUCGUCCUUGCUUGUAAUCGGUUGUUAUCAGGCAAGUUAUAUUUUCUCUGGUUUAAUUUUUUCUUUGGAGCUGUGGAACAUGAGCGAGAACAAAACAAUGACCCUUUCAGCUCAUGAAGGACUAAUUGCGUCAUUGGCGGUGUCGACAGUUGCAGGCUUGGUUGCGUCUGCAAGUCACGACAAAAUCGUCAAACUUUGGAAGUGAAUUAUCUCAAAGCCAUUUUGAUCCGUAGAAGCUUCUUCAACUCGUGAUUUUGCUGCUAUGUAAUUUAAUUCCAUUUUCAGAGUUUUUGUGGUACCUUGAAAGAGUUUUAGGCUGACUAACUGUGGUUGAUAUUGUUCAUGCUUUACCAUGGAUGAACAAUCUACACUGUUCUUUUUUAAUCCUUUCUUUGUGACUUAAUCUAACUUUUAACAUUAAACUUGCCAUCUAGCUUUGAUUUGAAUGCCCUCCUUACUGGAUUUCGAAUGUGCGACUGAUUGCAUAAUAAGAUCGACAGUGGAACGAAUCAAAAUUCUCCUCGGUUUGGAGCGAAAAAUUCUCAUUAGAGUCCAAAGUUCCUCUUGUAGGAUUGUUUACUUGAAAACUGUUAAUUUUCUGUCUUUUGUCUACUGUUCACCUCUUUUCUAACCUAGUUAGUUAUUUUUUGCUCCCUCUUGUCUCGUAGUUUCUUUCUUUGUUUCUCGUUUCCCUGUUGCCGUUUCUGUUUUAGUACUCCUUUAUGGCCUGAUUGGUAUAAUU